GGAAGUAAAGAAAAGAAAACCCAGCUCACAUCUCUCAUAUCUAAUGGACAUGAUAAUAAUGGAGGUCAUUUUCCUUACAGCAUAUAAAAAGAAAACCAUGACAAAGAUAAUAGCUAGCUUAAAGAAUCUAUAAAUAUAGUACCUGAUUCUUCCCAAUUGCAAGUUAUAUACCAAAACUACAACCAAAUCUUUCCAUAUAAAUACCAGUCUCAACACGUUCAAAAUCUGCAAAGGAAAAAAACAAAUAUAUAUAAUUUUAUUUAAGAAAAAAAAGAAGAAAAUGGGAUUGGGAGGUGAUCAAGCUUACCCAUACAAAGGUCACUCCAACUACGGCGGUGGUCAUCAUGACUACGAAAACGACAGCAAUCAACUCUGUCGUACGGUCAUAUACGACAACGACGGCAGGAAAAGAACUGUCGUCGGCUGUUCCCCGUACGACGCUGAUGCCUACGUCGUAGAGACUGAGAUCACCGAGCACAUCCUCUCUGCCUCGCCCAUGAUCGCCACCUCCGACUACCGCUAUGGAUCGCCGAAUAAGCUUGAACCGAUAAGAACUAAUUACGGUUCCUACGGAGGAGACCACGACAGUUACCGUAAGCCCUCGAGUCCGUACGGCCACGACAAGGGUCACGGUCGUCAUUAUCCUCAAGAGAUUGACCGAUUCCUCACCGGAGUCCAGAUCGAAGCCAGCAGACCUUCGCCUCACAGGUACAGUACUCCCUCAAAUGGCAUAGCUAAUAUCCGCCCAAGCCCAACUAUUGCUCCUCACUCAAUUGGUGGUGGCCGAUAUAACAAGAAAGAUCAUGAUUACGGCCACCACAAAACCUCCGGCUAUGGCAAUUACAGCAGUGAUGAUGAUGAUGAGGACGACGAUUACGAGAGAGAAGAAGAUUAUUACAAGCCUGGGCGCACGAUUCAACACGUACCAAUUAAGCAUAAUAUUUAUGAUCACAACAGUGGUCACGGCCGCAAAGCCACCAUCGGAGGAGGAGGCUAUGGGACCCCGAUUGUCGGUAGUACUAAUUAUAAUCCUACUACUCAUUAUGGUCACGCGAGCAGCGGAUCACUUAGCAUGCCCACGAAUAGUAUCGAAGAGGCUAUAGAUUACUUGAAAUCUAGCUCUAUUAGUAGCGAUAAUUCUCAUGCUGUGAAGCCCUACGGCCACGGCCACAACCCAUUACCCAAGACUAGUGGUCAUCAUUAUACGGCGGAAGCAGCUGGUAGUCCGUACGGGACGACUAUUAAUAAGCACACGGCGGCGCCGGUGGGGUCGAUUUACACGAGGGGAUCUACUGUUGCUUCUUCUCAUGGGGCAGUGAUGGACUGUUACGAGGCUGCCAGGAGGUUUAACGGUAAGGUGGUGAGAACCUAAUUAUAAAGCUAAUUAUAAGUUGGUUUUAUAAUUAAUUAAUUAUAUAUUAAUGAUGAAGUUUAAGAAUAAGACUGUUGUUUUCUUAAUUACCCGGGGGUUUUGGUGAUAAUAUAAUAUAGCCCACGGAUGUUAUAUAUUUACGUACGUUUGGAAAAAAAAUUGGGUUACUUUUGUUGCUGAUCAUGUAAACGAUUUGGUGUGGGAGUAUACUCUUCUGUUGUGAUCAUAAUAAGAACAUUUAAAUAAGAUGCUGAUAUAUAGUUUAUUAAUAA